ACUUUCUGGACGAGGAAUAAAAAAAAAGGGAUGUGAUUGCAAACUCAAAAUUGCCCCCCAGCAGAGUGGGAGUGUGCGGAUGGAGGGUACGUGGCUUGGAACUGAGUUAAAGAGCUGUGAUCGAGGUAUUAUGUGACACUGAGAUAGACACAGACACACAGACAGACAACACACACACAGACAUCACACACACAGACAUCAGCCCUGCGAUUACACCAGUGACAGUAACAAAAUGCUCUGCUGAUCCCCCUCCACCCAACACCCCCCCAACACCCCCCCCACAACCUUCCCAGAUUUCUGUGUGGGGCAGAGAAGGGGCUGAACCCCCCACUGCCGAACAAUGACAGAAACACAACCGACUUAUGGGGAGAAUUUAUCUCAACUCCAUUUGGAUGUAUUCGAGUUGCUGAUGAAAAGGAAGAAAAGGGUUGUGUGGCUCGCCAGUAUUCUGCUGCUUCUGUCACUGCUCAUCAUUGCUGUCGGCAUUUACACCACGACGAGGACAGAAAACAUCAGCAUCAUCGGCUACGCAUCCGGGAUCAUUCUUGCCUUUGGAUCAUUCCUUGGACUACUGGGUCUUUUUCUAGAAGAAAACCGAAAACAGCUGCUAAUAGCAGCGAUAAUCUUCCUGAGCUUUGGAGUCACUGCCUCGUUCCUGUGUGUGAUUGUGGAUGGAGUUUUCACAGCGAUAACCAUUGAUCUGAGACCACUGCACAUAGGCAGAUGCCAGCAUUACAGCAGUGGUCAGAAUUACAUCUACGAGAACUAUCUGGCCAGUGUGCCUUGCCAGAGUCUGACAGAAUCUUGCAGCCUAAACGUGCGGAGCAAUACAUGCUAUUGCUGUGACUUGUAUGACUGUGCAAAUGGUGGCUAUUUGGACAAUUACUUUGAGUUUGUGGGAGUGAAGAGCUGCCAAGACGUCCACUUUGUGUACAUUCUGAUUUGGUUGGUGACCACGCUCAACUUGACUGCCUUCCUGCUGGGGAUCAUCACCACUGCUUUUCUCGGGAGCUUCAAAAACAUGAAGGGCUCUCUUAUCGGACACGAUGUGAACAUGCACCUCUUCAACAUUCAGAAGCUGAGAUAUAAAUUCAGUGAGCAGGCUGCACUGUCUCCAACAGCACCUCUCCUACCCCAGGAAGAAAGAAUGGACAACAUGCAGCAGAGACCUCAAUGCAAUACAUGGCAAUACCAGUGGCUGCCUCAAUGCCCUCCUGCAACUUUGACAAAGCCACAAUGGAUGGGAACCCUCCACCAUUCGCUUCACUGUAUAACCCUUUGCUAGAAAAGCUAUCAGGCUACCCAAUAUGAUGCCUUAUUGUCAGUCUAUAGCAAAUAAUCCAGCACUAAAUGGUAGUAUCUUUAGGCAGAACGGAGACCUUAAAGGGCUGAAUUUAUGGACUCCUUGGUCACUGAACACUACAUAUGUUGGUUUCACGCUGAUCAAACACCUGUGUGUAUCUUUUUUUUAUCUUAAAUGUUAUAUACAUCUUUAUAGUAACUGCUAUAAUGGAACUCAUUUAUAAUGGAAAAAUCUAAUGUUCCGUUGAAAUCACCAUUCACUUGACUGAAAUGGUACACAGUCACACAGGCAGUCACGUGUUGUGACUAUAUCUGGUCUUCCCCUUCUAGGUGACCCGAUGCACUGUCCAAAAGCUCAGUUACAAAGAACAUCAACCAAUCUUUGUGUGGAGCCUGGAUUUGUUAUGAUUUUUUGUUAUCUAUCCCAAUUGUUAGUUACAGCAGUCUGAGAAUUCUUUUAAGAUCAGCCUGUUUUUUAGUGCCAGUUUAGAGUUGGGUCGAAAUCAGAGCAUGAAGCACCUUCAGAAUGCAAUAAGAGUGGACCAACAUCUCCUCCCUUACUGGUCCAAGUCUUCCCUAUGUCUUAUUCUUCCCUAUGAAUCACUGAUUGAUAGCAUCUGUGGACUGCAAUGCCCCUUCUGUCAAUUCCAUGGAAUCAAUUCUAUCUCGUGGGGUAUUGACCUACCUCAGUCUGUUCUUCGAUCAGGAAUUUAAUCAACCUAAAAAGACCAUUAC